UUAUUAUGAAUGACUGCUUUGAUUGCCCCCGACCGCUCAGGGGGAGAAUGAAAAACUCCUCUUGGAGAUCCUCCGCGCUGCCAACUCGAGAUGGAGCUCCCCGGGAAGUCUCGGAGAGAUGCGACGCUGUGUUCCAUACCAUCUAUCUCUGAGAAGAGGACUCCUGUUGGCCCUUCUUGUGGGUAUUGGAACUCUCGUGUACUUCGCCAUAAUCCUCGAUGCCACCGGUACCAUCCAAGAGUCCUGGGGACUCCAGAGGAGCACACCGCCUCAAGUCACAUUUGAAUGUCCAUCGGACCCAGUUUUCCCUUUUAAACUCGGUAGAGACUCAGCUCAUUGAUGUUACUUUCUCCUGGGUCGCAUAGGAGGAUCCAGCUCUAUCCUCUCCAACAUUCACGGAUCUUCGGCACAACUCCGCUUGGAUGCUAGGGUGUUGGUGUUCGUGGAAACUCCCUACUCCAAACUCGGCAAACUAAUAACUGAAACGCUCGAGGCAGCGCGCAUCCGGUAUCGAAGUGAGGUCUCGACGCGGACUCUGCCAACUUUGACCAAUAUCGACCGAGGUCGUUUCGCCGUGAUCGUUUUCGAAAAUCUCGACCGCUACCUCUCAUUGCACAAAUGGAACCGGGAGCUGCUGGACAAAUAUGCCCGGGAAUAUUCUGUUGGAAUAAUCGGGUUUCUGAAACCGACGACGGAUCCGCAUCCCCGUCUGGUUACUUCCCUGUCUCUGAAUCUGCAAGGGAACGUAUCGUCAGUUUUCGAUCCAUUCCUCAACCCAUUAUCUCCUGUCCUCCGUAUGUGUCGGGCUGGGGAUCAUCUGGGCGAAUAUCCAGGAGAAUGGACUUUGAUGUCAAGCAAUCAUUCAACCUAUACUCCCGUAAUGCAGGUCAGGGCGCUCGGCAAUGUGAACCCGAUGGGUGCGGUUAUGCAAGAUGAAGGGCUUCGCGAUGGAGUUCGCCGGAUACUGUUCGGAUCAGGGUUUUCAUCCUUCUGGUUGUUGAAACUCAUAUUCCUCGACAGCAUUUCUUAUUUAUCGCACGGAAAACUCUCGCUUCCUCUGGAGAGGCAUAUAUUGAUUGAUGUAGACGACAUUUUUGUCUCAGAGAGAGGGACUCGUAUGCGUCCGGCGGAUGUUGAAGCCCUCAGAGCCGCUCAAUCGAGACUACGUGAAAUGGUUCCGGGUUUCCAAUUCAAUUUAGGGUUCUCCGGACGGCACUUCCAUCGUGGUUAUCCGAUAGAGAAUCGAGGCGAAGACCUUUUGUUGACGUACUCGAACGAGUUCUGGUGGUUCUGUCAUAUGUUCGGUCAUACUCAAGCUCAUCUUUAUGAGAAUGAAACGAUUCUCGAGAACGAAAUGCGUCUGAAUCGAGAGUUCGCCCUUCAGAAGGGAAUUCCCGCCAACCAACACUAUUCGGUCGCUCCGCACCAUUCGGGCGUUUAUCCGAUCCACGAGCCGCUCUAUGACGCCUGGCAGAAAGUCUGGGACGUAAAAGUCACCUCGACCGAGGAGUAUCCUCACCUGAGACCGCCACGGCUCCGCCGAGGCUUCGUUCAUCGUGGAGUAAUGGUUCUUCCAAGACAAACCUGUGGGCUUUACACCCACACGAAUUUCUACGAGAAAUACCCUGGCGGCAAGGAGAAACUGGAGAACAGCAUUCAUGGCGGCGAGCUGUUCUAUCAAUUCGUGUUCAAUACAAUCAACGUGUUCAUGACACAUUUUUCUAAUUAUGCCAACGACCGCCUCGCGCUGUACACCUUCGAGACGGCCAUUCGGUUCGUCAAGUGUUGGACGAAUCUGCACUUGUCAACCAUUCCACCUCUUCAGCUAGGCGAGAAGUAUUUUGCCAUGUACCCGGACGAGGUGAUGCCUCUCUGGGGGAACCCUUGUGAUGACCCCCGGCACCAGGUGAUUUGGAGUCGGAACAAGAGCUGUUCUCAGUUGCCAAACUUCCUGGUCAUUGGACCCCAGAAGACGGGCACAACGGCUUUGUAUUCUUUUCUGAAGGAGCACCCGGCAAUCGAGUCGAAUACGAAUUCACCUCAGCAUUUUGAAGAGGUGCAGUUCUUCAACAACGAAAAAAGUUACCUCAACGGCAUCGAUUGGUACCGUGGAUUCUUCCCGCUGUCUAAUGACUCUCAGGUCUUACUCUUCGAGAAGAGCGCUACUUACUUCGACAACGAAAUGGCUCCGAAGAGAGUCCAUGCUCUGCUGCCGAAGGCGAAACUGGUGGCGAUCCUGACGAAUCCUGCCAAAAGAGCCUACUCCUGGUAUCAGCACCAGAAAGCCCACGCAGAUCCAACGGCGCUUCAAUAUUCUUUCCUCGAAGUUGUAUUGGCGAAUGAAACAUCGCCGAAAGCUCUCCGAGAUCUUCGCAGUAGAUGCUUGCAGCCUGGCCUAUACGCUGUGCAUCUGCAGCGCUGGCUGAGCUUCUUCCCGAACAAUCAGCUUUUCAUCAUCGACGGCGACGAACUUCGACACAAACCAGUGGAAGUUAUGAACAAGUUGGAGCACUUUCUGCAGGUCACACCAUACAUGGACUACCAAUACCACCUGGAAUUCGAUCCCCGGAAAGGAUUUUUCUGCUCGAAAAUCGAUGGCAAACGCAAGUGUCUCGGAUCCAGUAAAGGUCGCAAGUAUCCUGAAAUGUGUCCGCAGUGUGCGACCGCACUAAAAGAAUUCUAUCUUCAUUACAAUGUGCAACUGUCAAAACUCUUAGGCCAGUUGAAGAUAGUAGCUCCGAAUUGGCUGAGAGAGGAGCUUACCAAAGGCUGAGGAGGUUCCCGGCUCUGACCUCAAUGUUGUUGUCUGUUGAUUAGACUGAAAAUGAGCGUUGUAUGUGCAAAACUUAAUGCGAAACGACUUAAUUUGUGUAAAUAUAAUAUACAUUGUACGAGACUCUGUGAGAAAAUCAUGAGUGAUUUAGCCUUUGUGUAAAUACGCGAUGCGUGAUACCGCAGUCUUUCCUCGGAGACGAUCAUUGUAGAAGAGAACUGGGGCGAGCGAGCAAGGAUGAGAUUCUGAACGACUGUAGUUUCACGGUCCGACAGUAAGCGUGAGGCAUUCCUUGCGAGCUGACACUAAAUGAGUUUGUGUCGAAGAUCUACUCCCCCCACAUGGUGGAAUAACUUUACCGCGGUCUUUCAACUUUUCAACGCCGAAGUUCUCUCCCACCGGUGAGCUCCCUGCCGACGUCGGCAGCCAGAACGAUUCUGAAGCAUCGGAGCUCCAUCCGGAGCGCAGAUUCUUCGGGUCCUCGACUAGCUGUCGCUCAUGCUCCACGACUCUCGGGUGCCGUUGAGAUUGAUUCAGGGUCGAGCUCGCCACUAGGUGCGCUCGGGAGCGAGACGUCUAAAUCUGGACAAUUAUUAUUGAUGAAUACCGACUGCGACUCAACUGUCCAAGUCAUAUCCGGUGAUAUCUGGCUAUUUCUCCCGAGUUUGCCGAGGCUGUUUACAUUGUAGUUUUUCAUCGAUCAAUCAAUCAAUCUAUGAAUCAAUCAAUCAGUCGAUUGACGAACUUGUUUACCGGACGAUGCUGUCAUUUUCCUCGUUUGGUCAAAGAUCAUCCGAAUGAAUUUCUCGAGAGAGAUCUAAUAAAAGCGUGAAAGC